CUUAUGCUACGCGCCCUCAACCUAUAUCAGCCUCCUAGGUCGUUGAUCCUUUGUCGAAUGCGCGCGAAGCGAAGAUGGAAGAGAGCGUGACAGAAGUAAAACCAGACGAAUCAAUUGAAAAGAGACCUCAAUUUGGGAACAGAACUAUCUCUGACGAUGACAAUGUAUUUCAACACAAUGCAUGGGACAAUGUUAUAUGGGACAAGGAACAGGAGAACUUGGCUCAACAAAAAAUCAAUGAGAAUUCAGUAGUGACCCUAUCCGAUGAAAAGAUAUCGGAAUUUGAGCAAGAAGCUGAUAAAUAUUGGGACAAAUUUUAUGGGAUUCAUGACAAUAAAUUUUUCAAAGACAGGCAUUGGUUGUUUACUGAAUUUCCAGAGCUGGCUGCAAAUACUGUCAAACAGGAUUUUAAGCAACCCUUGAGGUGUGCAACACCGGAUGAAGAUAAAGAUAACACGGAAUCAUAUAUAAGAAUUCUUGAUCUUCCUACUUCUAGUGCAAAUAAAAUUUUGGAAAUUGGUUGUGGGGUAGGGAACACUGUGUUUCCGAUACUUUUGUAUAAUACAGACCCAAACUUAUUUGUAUAUUGUUGUGACUUUUCUACAAAAGCAAUAGACAUAUUGAAACAAAAUGCUGCGUACAAUACAUCCAGGUGUAAAGCAUUUGUCUUGGAUGUAACACAAGACAAAUGGGAAACUCCUUUUGAUCCUGAAAGCUUAGAUAUUAUCAUAUUAAUAUUUGUUCUCUCUGCGAUACAUCCUGAUAAAAUGAAGCAUGUCAUACAACAAGUAUACAAAUAUUUGAAACCAGGUGGGCUAGUCUUGUUCAGAGAUUAUGGAAGGUAUGAUUUAGCACAACUGAGAUUUAAAAAGGGCAGGUGUCUUGCAGAGAACUUUUAUGCUCGAGGUGAUGGAACCAGAGUGUAUUUUUUUACACAAGAAGAAGUCAGAACUUUGUUCACAAGCUGUUCAUUCAGGGAAGAGCAAAACCUGGUAGACAAGAGAUUACAAAUUAACAGGGGAAAACAGCUUAAAAUGUACAGAGUAUGGAUUCAGGGGAAAUACAGAAAAUAAAAAAUAUACCCUUUAGUGUACACAUGUGUAAUAUAUUUUCCUGUAUCAUAAGAGCUGUAAUUAUGAAAAAAUGAUUUAUUUCAUUAUAAGCGGUAAAUCCGUAAUUUUAUGUUUUUAAUAUACAUUUUUUACUACAUCACUU